UGCGUGAUUACGAGCAGUGCUAGACCUCUCGGCGAAAAUGGAUAUCACCGAGCCUCCGUUCCUAUUCCCGACACGAUAACGCCGGUCCGUCUCAAGAUCCGUCAGCGCAGGAUCGACGUUCAAAUAAGCGACGCAAGGGUUGGUAAGUACGCUCGGCGAAAAUGCUUGGACUCCUCGGUUGGAGUUUGUCAGUCAUGCCUUCAACAUGUAUAUAGCCGAUAUUUGCAGCCAGAAGAACCGGAGUACUCGAAGCUCAAGAACACUUCACUUUCACAAUAAUAAAUCAUGUCCAAGCCAGUCAAACUUUACGGCCAAGGAGCGGGCCCAAAUCCAUGGAAAGUGGCGAUCAUCCUCGAGGAGCUCAACAUACCUUACGAACAUGAGGCCGUAGACCACAGUGUACUCAAGCAAGAACCUUACAUCUCCCUCAACCCAAAUGGCAGGGUUCCCGCACUCGAAGAUCCCAACACUGGUGUUACUUUGUUCGAGUCUGGCGCGAUUAUCGACUACCUUCUCGAAAACUACGACAAGGAGAACAAAUUGCGCUACACCCAGUCUCCUGAAAAGUACCUCCAGAUCUCCUGGAGAGAUUUCCAAAUGAGCGGCCAAGGACCUUACUUUGGACAGAGAGCGUGGUUUGCCCUGUUCCAUUCAGAGAAAAUUCCAUCCGCCAUUGAACGUUACACGAACGAAAUCAAGCGUGUGCUAGGCGUGAUUGACGCCCACUUGACCAAGACUGGGAAGCCGUACCUCGUGGGCGACAAGGUCUCGUACGCAGACCUGAUGUUUGUGACUUGGAAUACAGUUGUUCCUCGGCUGCUCGGCGAAGGAUUCGAUGCAGAGUGGAAAGAAAAGUAUCCGAAGUGUUAUGAGUGGCAUCAGUCGUUGAUCUCGAGACCAGCUGUGAAGAAGGUGCUUGAGGAUAAGGCCGCGGCGACUCAGAAGAAGUAG